AGCUUCCUUCCAUGGCGACCUGAACCUCCCCUCCCUUCGUCCUCAUCUGUGUGUUUGCGUGUGUGUGUGUAUUGAAUUCAGUUCUGCAGCUUAUCGUGCUCGUUGUUUGUUUCUGUGCUCGUGGAAUCCUUUCUUAGCCUGCAAUGCAAUGCAAUGAGAUAGACAUUAUUUCACUUGGUUUGAAAUUAGUAGGAACAGUUUGAUGCUCUCUUAGCUUCAUUGAUCGCGUCUGUCAUUUUGUCUCUGGACGGAGGUGGCAAGGAAAGUCCCCGAGGAUGUCAUCUGUUGUUGAAAUAGAUGGAGUGGAAUUUGAAGUGAAGGUCAAGGAGCCAAGGAAAGGACCGAAGAGUAAAUUGGCGAAGAAGAAAGAGGCAGGCAUUGCUUCCAUUGGCGAUGAGGAUGAAGAUGUGAAGAGCAGUAGCUUGGUUUCCACCAAGAGUAAGAGGAAGCUUUCGGGAAAUGGUGGUUCUGGAGAGGAGGAAGAGAAAGUGACUCCUAGUUCAAGGAAGAGAGGGAAAAUUUCGAUGCAGGAGAGCAAGAUUGAGAGUGACCACUUGGAUGCUGAUGGAUUGAGUGCUAGGGACGAACUAGGUUUCGAGGUUCGAGCCGCUGAGGCAGAUGACGAAGGAGAGGUGAUCAAGGGGGAGGAAACAUGGAAUAGAGAGAUAAUAGCUUCCCAGGAUGACGUGCUCUUGACACAGUUUUCUAGUGUUCAAACGCAAGAGGUGGACGAAGGGGAUGCUUUGGAAACCCAAGAGCAAGAACGACGGAUAAAACCUCGGGCAGCGUCUUCUCUACCUAUUGUAUUUGGUGAAAAAGUCAACAAAACCAAGGUGCUGCUUGAGUGCGAGGGAGAUGCACUAGAUUUAAGCGGGGACAUGGGUGCAGUUGGACGCUUCACUGUAAAUCGCCGUGACAAUGAGCUUCUUUUGGAUUUGAAAGGUGUUAUUUACAAGACAACGAUAGUGCCUUCCAAUACAUUCUUUUUGGUAAACGUGGGACAGACUGAUGCAAAGGUGGAAUCCAUUAUGAGUGAUUUUGUGCAGUUGCGAGCAGAUACCAUUGGCAAAGAGAACGAAACUGUGGUUGAAGGAACUUUACAAGAUUUUACAUUUGAAUCUGAUGAAGAAGGUGAGCGUCCACCAGUUGAUGGCGGUGACUUACCUGCCUCUGCUGAAGAAGUAAAACAUGAAGAAGAGGGUGCUGAUGAUGGCAAACAAGCAAAGAGGAAAAAACCUUCUGCUAAGGCCACGAAUGGUGGUAAAGUUCCUGUGAAGAAAGCUUUGACAGUUAAAUCGAAGGUUGGACGAGGAAAAGCUAGCGCCAAGGGUGGGGUGGGAAAGAAACCUACUGCUAAGAAGGCCACUAAGGCAGGCACAGGCAAGAAAUGAUAGCAAUUGUAUUCAUUAUAUACCAAUAGAAUUACAUUUUAUUAUAUGUAUUUUCUCAAAGAACGGUGCUAUUUAUUUUAAUAAAUUCAAUUCAUUGAAUGUG